AUGGAUUCCAAGGUAGAUUCCAAGACAAAGGAACGUGAUCAAAUGAGAAGACAAUUCACAAGGACAUCGAAAAAACUCGAAGACUAUAUCAAAAACACGGAAAUAUCAUCGGCGAUUAUAGAAUACGAAUAUUUGAAAGAAUGUACAGAAAAAAUAAAAAUGUUAGACAACGUGAUUGCGGAAAAAAUGAUAGAUGGCGACGAACACGUUUAUAACGAAGAGUGUGACCAAGCAGCAAACUUUAGGAAAAUCUACCUAACACUUAAGUAUAAAAUGGAUAAAUUAAUCCAAUCGAAAUUCACUAAGGAAACAACUACGUCAAAUUUAAAUUUACCAAAAAUUGAAUUAUUAAAAUUUGAUGAUGACCCACGCAAGUGGAUUGCGUUCUGGGGUCAAUUUAAGAAGAUACAUGAAUCGAACACAUUGCAACCUGAAGACAAAUUCCAAUACCUGCUACAAGGGCUGAAGGAGGGCUCUAAGGCAAAAAUGUUAGUCAGCAGCUUUCCAUCAUCGGCAGCCAACUACAUAAAAGCAAUUGAAGAAUUGAAGGAUAGGUUUGCAAAAGAAGAGAUAUGACAACAUCUCAACAGAACACGAACCAAGAAUUAAUUCCAACGGCGGCGUGCAUUGUCUCCAAUGUAAGCAAAGAAAG